UACCAAACCAGUCAGAGAUAAAGACGGAGAUGAGGAACAACUGAGAGAGAAACCGAAGAAGGAAAGACAAAUGGACAGUGAUCGGCUGAGAAGACAGAGGGAGAAUGAAAAAGCAAUGGAAAGGAGAAGGAUCAACGGAGGAAGGUAGCUAAACGCCGAAUUGAUGAAGACAAAGGAGCGAUGGAGAAAGCGAGACAAGACCGAGAAACAGAUUGAAAGACAGAGCACAGCCGGUGCAAAAAAUGGGAAGAGCUGUACAUUAAGGCAAGACGAGCAAAGGUAGAAAAACAUACAGCAUGUGAGCAAGAGAAGAAAGAGAGGUGGAAAGAAAUAGAGCCAGAAACAGAUGGACAGAGAGAAAGAAGAAAGACCGGCAGAGAAUGAAAGAGAGGAGAGUAAAGAAAAUGGAGAGACAGACAAAAGAGGAGAUGAGGACCAAAGCAACCGCGGAGGAAGAUGACGGUGGAAGCAUCAUUGAAGAAAAGAACAAGAAAGAUAAAAGUGUCAGUAGGAGAAUCUUCAACUGGGGAAAUACUAAGGUCAAGGAGAGAUACCGACAACAAAUCGAGAGGACCUCUCAGAGGGAGAAGGAGGAAGGCGGUCAUUUAUGCAGCAUAGGCACCUUAGGAGGUGGUCUUGGAUCCGUGGCCCAUUGUCUUGUCAGCACACGGGCCGAGCGCGAGAGAGAGCAGAGGCAGAAUCUGUUCAAGGCUGAACUAAGAAGACAGAAAUGGGAAGGGUGCUGGUAUGAAUACCAAGACAAGAGAAGAGACAAGAAAGAGGAGAAAAGGGAGAAGGAAAAGCUUAAAGAGGAGAAGAUAAGGAUGGCCUCUGAAUCACUCCAGAGUCUACACAUUUAUUUCUCCUGAAGUAUAUUAAUACAAUUAUUCAACUUUUGUUAAGUUCAUCCUGUCAAACAUUCCAGUCAAGGUAGUGACAAAUAAUCGUCCAGUCAGUCUAGCAGUCUAGUGAAGCAGAGAUAGCUAGCUAGCUGAAAAUACUGUAGUUACACCAUAAAAAGCAGGUACCAUCUACCUUAAGCUUAAUAUAGUCUUGGUUGGUGCGUAAAACCAAUAAAUAAUGAAAUCACCAAAAGUUUGAGCAGAAAUGUCUCAAUGAUUGUAAGAUGUCCUUGUUGCUCUAUUGGAGACCACAAAGAAAGGUUUGGUAGCCUAGCCCUAGCCCAUCAACCACCGAUUCAUCAGCUGGGUUAUGUUAAGGAGUGUUAGUGCUGGGUUAGAACAAAUACAGUAGCAGAAAAAAUAUAUUGUCACCCUUGCAAAUUUCUUAAAUA